AUGGAUCACAAAACCUGCGCAAAUUGCCAUGAGCUGAAAUUCUCAUGCUGGAAGAAAGGGGACGGGGAAAAAUGGACAGAAUCCAGACGUGAAUCAUCACAGGAAGGACAAAUACUGCCAACGGCUGACUUUGAUGUCUGCAUUAUUGAGGCCCAGGCCCUUAAAAUUCGCCAAUGUCAAAACUGCCGCAAGCAGUUUUCUUCAAUAUUUGAGAUACCAGAUCUGUGGUGGAAAGGAUAUUGCAAAGGUGCCAACGCCUACUUUGGCCACGAGGUGACUGUUGACGAUGAGGGUGAAGAGACCGGGUUGAGCUACGAGUGGUUCAAACUGAACAUCUUCACGCGUUGGAUCCCAAAAACACAACAAACAAUUCUCAUUGUUUUCGACCUUCAUCCGCCCACAGCAAGCUGCGUUCAGCGCGUGCCGGUUGGCGAGCCGGAUCCUUUAUUCGUGAUCCCAGAUGAACACAACUACAUAACGCCAUACUGGAUAUAUACUCGCAUCUUGGAGAAAGUCGUCACCCUGCAAGACGCCGCCGUCUGGUCGGUGCGCGAUACCGUGAGGAACACAGAAAAGGAGAGGGACGGCCCGACAAAGCCAAAACCGGCCCCCGACUACCGGCAUUUGCACGAGACUGCCCGGCAUGCCAUUCAUGUUUCCGAGACAUUAGAAUUAGCUGUGAAGGCUGCCAGGCAGAUUUUGGUGCAACACGGGACCAUUAAGGCAGACUGGAGCGGGGCGAAGCCUGAUGCUGCCUGGAAGAGGGCCUGGAACCACGCCAAUGGUCGCCUGCUGUUCUUCGAGGAUAUGCUGAGCAGUCUGCAAGAGAGGUCCGCCUCGACCAAGGCGCGUCUUCUCAACGAGAUUGCGCUUGCAUUCAACAUGGUCGCUCAAUUCGAUUCUGGAGUCUCGGUCGAUAUUGGCCGCGCGGCGCAACGAGACAGCGAGGCCAUGAAGACGGUCGCCUUUCUUACCUUACUGUUCCUUCCAGCCACUUUCGUCUCUGCUGUCUUCAGCACUACUUUCUUCGAGUUUGACUCCGGCUCAGGCGAGUGGCUCAUGUCUGACAAGUUUUGGGUGUACUGGGUUGUCGCCAUUCCAGUAACCAUUGUGACGGCGUUGAUGUGGUACCAUUGGCAGAGGAUAUUUCCACCGACGUUGUUUGGCGACAUGCGUUUCCAGAAGAACCAGCCAGAGGAUCACGGAGAAGCGAGGCAUAGAAUGCGAACGCUGAGUCUUCGCAAACUGACGACUUCUGGUCACGAAGGAGGGAAAUCCGUAGUGUAG